AUGACUUGCGGACAAGACUUGCUGUUUUUAAUUUUUUUAAAAUUAAUACAAUUUUUUUCAGUAAUUCAGCAGCCGAUACAAAACGUUUGUUUAGGUCUGGCUUCACUCCAAACAGUGCUCUCGUCUACAUUAAACUCCAAUGCUCUCGUCUACAUGGUUUGUUUUACUUUAUUAAAUAUCCGCAAGUCUUGUCCGCAAAGUUUCUCCCUUAUAUAA